AAAAUAUAAAAAAAAACAAAUCGAUCUUCGCUUUCCUGACUGGAGGUACGUUGGCCUGGCUGAGUGAUUGUGUUCGUUCGGGUCUGUUCUGAUUUGUCCUACUUAGAGUAGGUAGCACAUAGACCUAGCGUGUUCCUGGUUGAUUUCGCGACUGUGAAGUACCGAAAGUACCAAAAAAUCGAUGAAAUAUCAAAUACCUAUGACUUAAUUCUGUGUUCUUAUGACGAGUGAAAUACAAUAUCUCCAGUUCAGUGUUGAUGAAGCCUACGCCUAUAGUCCUCCAAGUGAAGCUUUACAAUUUUAUUGAUCAAAUGUACAAAGAAAAAGAUACGUGGAAUACCAUAGUGACUCUAGCUGAAGUGAGACCAAGAUAGUGAAAAGAUAGCAAAUAGCGAAUUAUUUUUAUUGUCACUGUACUUUAGGCCGCAGCCCGCGGCGCAGUAUCGCGCGGUCGCUACAAACGUUGUUAUUGUUUUCUCUUUGCUGUACUUUAUAUACCUCAUAAUAUCGUCACGAUGGCGAGCAGUAUGUCCCAACCUCCGUCAGAAUUCAGCAUUGAGAUUAAAAUUGAGCCACAAUCAGACGACGCCCCUGAACCAGACACGACGGAGAUCAAAAUAGAACUGGAACCGGUUGAUACACCACAGGUGCCCUUGUUUGAUGGAUUUAAAAUGGAGCCCGAGUCACCCGGUAUCUUACCCCACGAGCGAGUUGAGGUCAAAAUGGAGCCACAGCCUGAUGAUGAUAAUUUUGACAACAAAUCAUAUGGAUCAUCGCACCUGCCAGGACUGGACUCACUCCGAUAUGGGACAUCACAUGAAAUAUUCGAAGAUAAAUUUGAUAUAGAUGAAGAUGGUCCCACAGGACUUGAUGCAGAGGCUGUGAAUGCAGAUGCUGCGUCAGGCCUGAAGCUGCAGACUGACAAGUGGAAGCAAGCUGAGGGAACCACUCGCUCUGCGCAGGGGCUCUACCAGUGCGAGAUGUGUCCAUACCAAAGUAAUCAGAAGGCUUAUUUGUUACAACAUGUGAGGACUCACACGGGUGAGAAACCUUUUCAAUGUACGAUGUGUCAAAAAACGUUUAGUCAAAGAAGCACCUUAUAUAAACAUGUGAAAAUUCAUACGGGUGAGAAACCCUUUGAAUGUGAAGUGUGUCAACGGGCGUUUAGUCAAAAAUGCAAUUUGUUGAAACAUUUAAAGACUCACAAUAUUGAUAAACCAUUUCAGUGUGAAGUGUGUCUAAGGGCAUUUAGCGUGAGAGACAAUUUGUUAAGGCACAUGAGGACCCACACCGGCGAGAGACCCUUUGAGUGCGAAGUCUGCCAAAGGGCAUUCAGUCUUAAAUGCACUUUAACAAAACACUUAAAAACCCACACCGGUGAGAGACCGUACCAGUGUGAAAUAUGUCAAAAGGCGUUCAGUCAGAGAUCCACUUUAUCAAAUCACUUAAAAACUCACAAUAUUGAUAAACCAUAUCAGUGUGAGGUGUGUCUGAGGGCGUUUAGUGAAAGAGAUAAUUUGAAAAGACACAUGAGAACACACACCGGCGAGAGGCCUUUUGAGUGCGGAGUGUGUCAAAAGGCAUUUAGUGAACGAGGCACUUUGUCCAAACAUUUAAAAACACACACUGGUGAGAAACCUUUUCAAUGUGAAGUGUGUCUAAAAUCGUUUAGUCAAAGAGGCACUUUAUCCAAACACUUAAUAAUUCACAAGGAUGAGAAACCUUUUCAGUGUGAACUGUGUCAAAAGAUGUUCAGUGAAAAAGGUAGUUUAACGAAACACAUGCGAACUCACACUGGUGAGAAACCUUUCCAAUGUGAAGUGUGUCAAAGGGCAUUUAGUGAAAAAGGUCACGUGAUACGACACAUGAGGACUCACACUGGCGAGAAACCAUUCAUGUGUGGGGUGUGUCAGCAUCACUUCAGUAACAAAUAUACGUUAUUAGAGCACCUGCGCAUACACAGCGAUGAGAAACCUUUUCAAUGCAGCGUGUGUGAUCGCGGGUUCGGUAUAAAGAGCAGUUUGAAGGCUCACAUGCUGACUCACACUGACGAGAGGCCCUUUCAAUGUGAGUCGUGCGAGAAAGCGUUUAAGACAAGAAGUAAAUUAAUAAGACACAAAAAAACUCACGGACGAGAAACUACAUGAAGUGGUUUGCCGGUGACGCACAACACACACACAAAGUUUGCUAAACUCCGCGGUAGAUCCGCCAACUGGCGCUGCGGCGCCGGUCGCGCUCACAGCCGCAUUGCGCUCGGAUCUCAACAGCGCUUUUAAUCGCCUUCAACAAAAGAAGGGAAGCUCUCAAUUCGUCGUGAUUUUUUCCACAUCAACUGUAACCGUCCGGACGGCAGACUGUUAGCUCGGACGGCGGGGGGACAUUGCAAUUGCAAAGUCCCCUCUGCAUAGUUUCUACUAUGACUAUUAUAAUAAAAGUACAAUAUGUAUUUCAAAUCAGUUACAUAAUUUUACUUCAAUAUUUUGUUCUGAUGUACGUAACAAAUUAUUAUGUGAUCACCAAAAAAUGUUGCAAACAGAUGGCGCUAGAAGAAUUACUAAUGAAAUGUAUGUAUGUAACUGUAUAUAUGUAUAUAAUUCAUGUGAACUUGUUAUAACACAUGAAAAACUUAUUAAAUAUCUAGCCGGAAUCUUAUCAAACUGCCGUAGUAUAAAUAUUAUAAACAAUAUUAUAUUAUUAGACUAAGUGCACAGGUUGUACCCUAACUUAGGAUAAGAUAUACUAACUCUGGGAUCUUGUGGUCAUCACGAUAUUUAAAUAAAAAUACUUUGAUUUGAAUGACAA